AGACCGCCCCGUGGGCGGAAGUGACGCAAGGCCUACUGUCGGCUGUGAGGGUAGGUGUAGCCGGUCUUUGGGGGUAGGCGGUAGUGGCGGAAGAGGUUCAGCGGCUGAUGGCGGAUCACGAUCGGAAGCCUGUGUAACUUUCUCCCUUGGUCCGGGAGUCUUUCCACUGGAUUCACAAUGACAUCCUUUCAAGAAGUCCCAUUGCAGACUUCCAACUUUGCCCAUGUCAUCUUUCAAAAUGUGGCCAAGAGUUACCUUCCUAAUGCACACCUGGAAUGUCAUUACACCUUAACUCCAUAUAUUCAUCCACAUCCAAAAGAUUGGGUUGGUAUAUUCAAGGUUGGAUGGAGUACUGCUCGUGAUUAUUACACGUUUUUAUGGUCCCCUAUGCCUGAACAUUAUGUGGAAGGAUCAACAGUCAAUUGUGUACUAGCAUUCCAAGGAUAUUACCUUCCAAAUGAUGAUGGAGAAUUUUAUCAGUUCUGUUAUGUUACCCAUAAGGGUGAAAUUCGUGGAGCAAGUACACCUUUCCAGUUUCGAGCUUCUUCUCCAGUUGAAGAGCUGCUUACUAUGGAAGAUGAAGGAAAUUCUGACAUGUUAGUGGUGACCACAAAAGCAGGCCUUCUUGAGUUGAAAAUUGAGAAAACCAUGAAAGAAAAAGAAGAACUGUUAAAGUUAAUUGCCGUUCUGGAAAAAGAAACAGCACAACUUCGAGAACAAGUUGGGAAAAUGGAAAGAGAACUUAACCAUGAGAAGGAAAGAUGUGACCAACUGCAGGCGGAACAAAAGGGUCUUACUGAAGUAACACAAAGUUUAAAAAUGGAAAAUGAAGAGUUUAAGAAGAGGUUCAGUGAUGCUACAUCCAAAGCCCUCCAGCUUGAGGAAGAUAUUGUGUCAGUAACACAUAAAGCAAUUGAAAAAGAAACUGAGUUAGACAGUUUAAAGGACAAACUCAGGAAGGCACAACAUGAAAGAGAACAACUUGAAUGUCAGUUGAAGACAGAGAGGGAUGAGAAGGAACUUUAUAAGGUACAUUUGAAGAAUACAGAAAUAGAAAAUACCAAGCUUAUGUCAGAGGUCCAGACUUUAAAAAAUUUAGAUGGGAAUAAAGAAAGCGUGAUUACUCAUUUCAAAGAAGAGAUUGGCAGGCUGCAGUUAUGUUUGGCUGAAAAGGAAAAUCUGCAAAGGACUUUCCUGCUUACAACCUCAAGUAAAGAAGAUACUUUUUUUUUAAAGGAGCAACUUCGUAAGGCAGAGGAACAGGUUCAGGCCACUCGGCAAGAAGUUGUCUUUCUGGCUAAAGAACUUAGCGAUGCUGUCAACGUACGAGACAGAACAAUGGCAGACCUGCAUACUGCACGCUUGGAAAAUGAGAAAGUGAAAAAGCAGUUAGCUGAUGCAGUGGCAGAACUUAAACUGAAUGCUAUGAAAAAAGAUCAGGACAAGAGUGAUACACUGGAACACGAACUAAGAAGAGAAGUUGAAGAUCUGAAACUCCGUCUUCAGAUGGCUGCAGACCAUUAUAAAGAAAAAUUUAAGGAAUGCCAAAGACUCCAAAAACAAAUAAACAAACUUUCAGAUCAAUCAGCUAAUAAUAAUAAUGUCUUCACAAAGAAAAUGGGGAAUCAACAGAAAGUGAAUGAUGCUUCAGUAAACACAGACCCAGCCACUUCUGCCUCUACUGUAGAUGUAAAGCCAUCACCUUCUGCAGCAGAGACAGAUUUUGACAUAGUAACAAAGGGGCAAGUCUGUGAAAUGACCAAAGAAAUUGCUGACAAAACAGAAAAGUAUAAUAAAUGUAAACAACUCUUGCAGAAUGAGAAAAGCAAAUGCAAUAAAUAUGCUGAAUGAACUUGCAAAAUGGGAGCUGAAAUGAGAACAGAACAAAGUGAAGAAUUGCUGAAAAAUGUAAAAUUGAACUAGCUUGAAGUACAGCGACAUAUUAAUAAACUUCAAUUGGCAGAGAAAGACAAAGAAAUAAGUGGUCUGACUUCACAUUUGGAAAACCUCUCCAGGGAGAAGGAACUUAAAAGGAGUCUAGAAAAUCAAGCAGAAAGGAAAAUGGAAGAUGGAGCAGAUGGUGCUUUUUACCCAGAUGAAAUACAAAGGCCACCUGUGAGAGUCCCUGCUUGGGGACUAGAAGACAAUGUUGUCUGCAGCCAGCCUGCUCGAAACCUUAGUCGACCUGAUGGCUUAGAGGACCCUGAGGAUAGCAAAGAAGAUGAGAAUGUGCCUACUGCUCCUGAUCCUCCAAGUCAACACUUACGUGGGCAUGGGACAGGCUUUUGCUUUGAUUCCAGCUUUGAUGUUCACAAGAAGUGUCCCCUCUGUGAGUUAAUGUUUCCUCCCAACUACGAUCAGAGCAAAUUUGAAGAACAUGUUGAAAGUCACUGGAAGGUGUGCCCGAUGUGCAGCGAGCAGUUCCCUCCUGACUAUGACCAGCAGGUGUUUGAAAGGCAUGUGCAGACCCAUUUUGAUCAGAAUGUUCUAAAUUUUGACUAGUUACUUUUUAUUAUGAGUUAAGACAGUUUAGCGGUAAAAAAAAAAAAAAAACAAACAAAAAAAUCACCUAAAAUAGACCACUGAGGAGACCAUAGAGUGACGCCUUCAUGCACCCUCUAUUGCACUUUCUGACCAGGAGCUACUUUGAGUUCGGUGUUACUAGGAUCAGGGUCAGUCUUUCGUUUAUCAAUAAAUUUUAAUCUGUUAAUCUUACUUGCUUUAAAACAAAGUUCUUGUGUGUUCUUAUCUUUAUUUAUUCCCUAGUUUGCAGAAUUGUCUGAAUAAAGGAUACAAGGAUUAUUUCAAUGUUACUGCACUGAAAAAUGUGUAUGUAUUAGUGUGCUACAUUAUUUAGCAGAAUAUUCACAAGUUUCUGUUGACCUUGUUGAUUGAGCAUGACUACUAAAUAUUAUGUAAUAAAAAGCAUUUAUCAUAACAGUCUUGUGAAGCAGUUCUUCAAAUACAGAGAGUUCUAUAAUUUAGCCCAUGAAAUGAUAGGUUUUUAAUUUCCAGAAAUGGAGCUGCAUGUAGAAUGAGAUCACAUGCUUUUUAUAUGUGAAAUGUUGGUUUUAGCAAUUAACAGAAGGCAUAUUUUGCUAAUUUUAUGACAAAAUUUUAGAAUAACCUGAAUGAUUAUUUUUAAACUAUCUUAAAGUUGUAUGUAUAUAUCUAAUGGGAAAAUGGAACAAGAGAUGUCAAUAUUGUUUUCCUAUUAAAUGAUCUC